AUGAACCCCCAGUACAGUGCCCAAGACAUCCUCCUCUGUGACCUAUGUCAAACAGCUGCAUUACAUAGUCAUUGUAAAGUGUGUCAGAUUAACCUCUGUAAUGUUUGUGUUGGGGAGCAUCUUUCUGAUUCAUCCAAAAGACAUAAUGUUAUUCCAUACAAACACAGAACCUCUACUCUUAAGUACCCAAAAUGUCCAAAACACAGCGAGAAAAGUUGUGAGCUUUAUUGUGAGAAAUGUGAUAUUCCUGUCUGUUCUACCUGCAUCUCCUCUUCUGUUGAACACAAAGGACAUAUUUUAUCAGACUCUCUGCAAAAAAUAUGUCUUAAACGAAAAAUUCUAGAAGAGGACUUAAAUGAAUUAGAGAAAACAAUCUAUCCUGUUUAUAAAGAAUUCGAAAAAGAUUUAAAAUCUAAAAAGGAAAGCUUUGAAGAACAUUAUGAGAAACUGGCAACAGCUGUCUCUAAACAAGAAGAAAUUGUGCAGCAUAAAAUCCACAGCAUUGCCAAAGAACACAUAUCUAAUAUCCAUGAGAUGAAAAACAAACAUCGAGCUGCUUUAAAUAAUCAAGAAAAAGAAAUCAAACAUAUAACUUCUGAUGUAAAACAUAACAUGCUUGAACUGAAAAAAAUACUGGACUCUGACGAUGUGUCUCUUAUCUCUGAAUACAAUUCAAGGAACUCUGAAUUUAGAUGUCUACCUCCAAAAGUCAAUGUUUUACCACCAAGAUUCUCUACUCAUUGGAUAAGCAGAGAGGAGCUCCAUGUAAUGUUUGGUUUCCUAUCAACAUUAUGCAUUACAAAAGAAGAACAUGGCUACACAAUGAAGACGCCAGAAGCUGUAUGCUGUCCUCCAGUCAAACCACUGCUUGAUGAGCCAAAGCGCAUUGCAACCAUACAAACUCGAUUUGAAAGGCUAAACAGUAUCACCUGUCUCAGUGAUGAGGAAAUUUGGACAUGUGGAGAAAAUCAAAUCAUAAAGCUUUACAACAUCCAGGGUAAACUGCUUAAAUCAAUUAAAACCAGGUCAGAUGCAAGAAAUAUAACAGUGAAUAGAAGUAGAAAUCUUAUUUAUACAGAUUUUCGAUCUGUAUACGAAGUAAUAAAUGAACAGAUUCGUAAAGUGGUAAAAAAACAAAGGGCCCAAGGCUGGGGUUUUUUAUAUGACUGGUACCCUGUCUCUGUCUGUAGUACCUCCUCUGAUGACCUCCUGAUUAUCAUGCGCAACCAUUCAUCUGACAGGCAAUCAAAGGUUGUACGUUACUCGAACUUUACAGAGAAACAAACAAUUCAGUAUGAUAGUGAGGGUCAACCUCUCUACUCAUCUGAUAGUACAAACGUCGUUGAGAACAGGAACUUUGAUAUCUGUGUGGCUGACAAAGGAGCAAAUGCAGUGGUGGUGGUCAAUCAGACAGGAAAACUCCGAUUUAGAUACACUGGUACUCCCUCCGCUACAAACGGAUCAUUUUAUACAUACGGCAUCACAACAGACAGCCAGAGUCAUAUUCUGACAGCUGACUAUAACAACCACUGUAUUCACAUUCUAAAUGAAGACGGACAGUUCCUCUGUUGCAUUUAUAACCGUGAUCUAUAUCGCCCCUGGACUUUAUGCAUUGAUACCAGAGACAACCUUUAUGUCAAUGAGCGUUACAGUGGUAUAAUAAGGAAAAUCAAAUACAUGUAG